AUGUCCGACCCAUUGGAAUUGCCCGAAGAUCUCAAGCAUGACAGAUCCAUUAUCUUCGUCGAUGAAAUGAUCACGAAGCCCGACCCAACCCGUCGAGAGACUUCUAGUACUGCGUCAGUGCAGACGAGCGAUUCCAGCGAAGCCCGAGAAGCCCGACUCCAACGGAGACUAGAGAAUCGCCCCACCACAGACCUAAACGAGGACGAGCAUUACUAUUCCGUGGAUAACGAGACCGAACAUUCACCAGAAUCUCCUACCAAGGACAGGAACGCCCAGUCGGUGCACCCUCUGACAUACAAGAAGCCCAGCAAGAAGGCGCGUGCUCCUCGCAAGUACGUCAAAAGCAACACCAGACCCCGCAAUGAAGCCUUCUUCAACGCACGCCUGGACAAUCCAGUCACAGAUGACGACGAAUCGCUGUCUGGAUUCAGGAGCAAACGUGAAAGCUCUGAGUCUACUGAGGAGGGGUCUCAACUGUCCCGGAUUCCAUGGUCUUCUGGAAGCAGUGUGGUCGGCAAGAUGGAGGGGCUGAUGAUAUGUCCUUCGGGGCUAUGUGAGAAGGAAGUGAUUGAGUAUGCUGGGGGAGACAGGAGGCCCUUCACAUCGAUGAAACCAAACGAAUGGGUAGACUUCCUCGGGCCUAACGACUACGAGAUCACCAGCGGCGAGGAGACAGUACGUUCCGCAGGCCAUAGGAAUGCAGAGAGCUUCAUGCGAGCCGCACUGUACAAGAUCGAUGACGAGUUGAGCCGCACGUAUAUCCAGCGUAACACCAACUACCAGAACGUCACCGUCAUUCUUCACGCGCAUGAUGUACCGCGCCCUACCCGUGUCGCCGUUGUCUGGAAGCCCUUCUCGGAUCUCCAUGAGAUAUCACGGAAGCCACACACAUCCGUGGUUCAUUACGCACAAGAGCUUCAACAUCUCUGGAAGAACAUAGUCAAGCUCGCCCCUCAUCUAAGCCUCGCUGUCACCCCCGACCGCGGCAUCAUGCCCCCUCCUCCACGCAGUAUCAGCUUCGUAUUCUUCCUCGCCGUCACAUGCGCACCGCAGGCUGAACUCCAGAGAGUCUUGGAGUACUUGGCCCCUCAAAGCGACAAAUUCAACGCGGUCCAGGACUGCAUUCCAGAUGGACUCAAGGCGCUGCGACACGAACAUCCUGUGUACAAGGGGAUGAGCACGUUGGAGCUCACUGCGAUCUGGGCGCGCCUGAAUAAUAUGCUGGCGGCGGGUCAGGAUUGGAGUGAUGGUAGAGGUGGGAGUGGAGAUACAUGGGCGACAGCUCAAGAGAGUGGACGUACGAGUGAGUCUCAGCGGGCCACGACCUCGCCUGACCGACUUGGGAAGAAGAGGAAAGCGGAUGAGCUUGAAGCGGGUGGAAUGAGGAGCAGGGUGGGGAAGACUUAG